UUCUGAGCACCGCCUUUGCAGAUGCACGGAGGUCUCUCGCCGUCUGCCCGGGCUUGUCCUCGCUUUUGGAAAGUUCUGGCUCCAAGACCCCCUUUUUAAAAGAAAAAAAACAAAAAAACAAAACUCACCAUUUUAUUUUUCCCUAGGAAACUUCAGCAGUUGGAUUGAGCAUGAAGCUUCCUUUCUCUUGUAGCUAAAUGGAACGUGCCAGGUACUGAACUGGUGCUGAGGGAACAGGCUGGACCAGCUGGGAAACCUGUGACUGCUGAGAGAUGCUCUGAACUGCUGCUUGGAGGGAAGGAGAGUGUUGCUGAAGUUUGCGGCUCCCAGGUUGGGAAGCCGCGCAGCCCGUGGGCUCUGGGUGAUCAGGUGAAGCCUCGGCAGUAACGGUGUCCGGAGCUGAGCGAACACGGCGCUUGGAGCAGGGGGAGCGGAGCGGAGCAGAGCAGAGAGCAGAAGGUGCCGGGCUCUCCCCGCAAACCUGCCCUUUGCUCCAAGCGCUGCGCUCCUCUUCGAGCGCCCCGCGCGAAAACUGGCGGAGCUGCAGGGACCCUUGGAACAGACCCCGCGCCCCGUCCCAUCGCUCCGGUUCACCACCAUGUGCAAAUUGGAAUCUCAGUUAUAAUAAGAACCUCAGAGAAAAGUUGUUCUGUGAAGAGCAUGACUUCUCUGUGUAAGGCUGCUGUGUGGAACUCAGUCUGUUUACAUGUGUAUCUCACACACACACAAAAUACAGAGAGAUUUAGUUGCAGAUUGUUAAUUGAAGGCUUGUUAUCCCUUUUCUUGAUGUCUUAGACUCCUUCAUACUGAGAAGAUUAAUAACUGCCAAAGCAGACUGGUUUCAUAGUGGUGAUGGCUGUUAAGCCAUCAACAUCAAAUAGAAGCUUGUCCAAUCUUGUGGUAGUGGUUAUAAAACCCUUUAGUGAUCUGCACGUCCUCCUAAGCUUCCCUCUGACUAGCAACCUGGGAAAUGGCACUAUAGUGAAGGGUAGGGCCCUUCACAGCCUGAUCUUGCAAAAAAUUACGUGCAUCUUUGCACAUGCCAGUAAUGCCAUUGCGGAACAUCUGCAGUCUGCACAAGUGGUGCAAAAAUGUGCCUCAGAGCAGGGUGGCUGCCACAUCAUAAUCUCUGUUGUUUUGCCAAACAUCUAACUCACUUCUUUUCUGAUACAUUUUGUCUUGUGUAGAAACUGGGAUCCAUUGUGCAGAUCAUAGUCAGGGAGUCCUUUUUCCAUCUGAUGAAAACCUGCUAAGAAAUGAUCCUGCUCCUCGUAUCUGUUCAAGUCCCCUGGCUGAAAAGAACUGACCUGGGAAUGCCCAAGGUAUGAGAAGAGCCGUUGAGUUAGCUGUUCAAGAGGAUGUCUGUAAAUGAAGAGCUAGAGAGCAGGUUUUCAGCAACCACCAUGAUGGCCAUGAAGGCAAGUGAAGGGAGCCCAUUCAGAAUCAGCCCCAACAUUUCCUACAAUGCCACCUGGGACAAUGCUCCAGCUGCCAGUUCAAUGGAGGACAUGAUAGCCACUUGCACCAUCGGGACUAUCCUCUCCAUUAUGUGUGUGAUCGGUGUGACGGGCAAUGUCUACACCCUGGUGGUGAUGUGCCAUUACCUGAGAUACUCUGCCUCUAUGUACAUUUACAUCAUUAACCUUGCCUUGGCAGACCUGCUCUACCUGCUCACCAUCCCUUUCAUUGUUGGGACAUACUUCAUCCAGGAAUGGUACUUUGGAGACGUCGGCUGCCGCAUCUUAUUCAGUCUGGAUUUCCUCACCAUGCACGCCAGCAUCUUCACCCUGACGGUCAUGAGCACAGAGCGCUACUUCGCAGUGCUGAAGCCCCUGGACACGGUAAAGAGGUCCAAAAGCUACCGGAAAGCCAUUGCCAUCGUCAUUUGGGUGGUGUCUCUGCUGCUCACGCUCCCAAUGCUCAUCAUGAUCCAGCUGGUGCAAAGAGACCGCAAAAGCAUCUGUCUGCCCACCUGGAGCAAGCUGUCCUACAAAAUCUAUCUGACCAUCCUCUUCUGUACUAGUAUUGUUGGCCCAGGAGUGAUCAUUGGAUACCUUUACAUUAGACUAGCCAGGACCUACUGGGUGUCCCAAACAGCCUCUUUCAAACAGACCAAGCGGCUGCCUAAUCAAAAAGUUCUGUAUCUAAUUUUCACCAUAGUGCUGGUCUUCUGGGCUUGCUUCUUGCCCUUCUGGAUCUGGCAGCUUCUCUUCCAAUAUUAUGAAUCCUUCCCUUUGUCCCCCAAGGCCAUGAGGAACAUUAACUAUCUGACAACCUGCCUGACCUACAGCAACAGCUGCAUCAACCCUUUCCUCUACACCCUGCUGACCAAAAACUACAAGGAAUACUUGAGGAACAGACAACGCUCUUUCAAUAGCAGCAGUGGGUACUUCCAGAGGAGGAAUCGAUUUCAGAGGAUUUCUGGGAGAUCUCUUUCCACAAGCAGUCAGCAUUGCACAGAGACUUACGUGCUCACUCAUGUUCCUGUGGGAAACAACAGUGCCUGAAGAUACAUCUCCAAGAAAAGAAAAAUCAAUAUUGACUUCAGUAUUGUGUUGCUUGAAAGUGCAACAUUGUAAAGGCAAAGUCUUAGCAGAUUCAUAAUGCUUUAACGUUGAGUCCAGAGAUUGUGCCAUAGCAAUCUGCACUCAUUUAUUUCCAAUGCCGUCGAUUUUGUUUCUCACCUGAUGCCUUUUGGUUUUUUCAUUCUCUUUUUUUUUUAUGGUGUAUUGAUGUAUUUCUCUCCCAUCUGUAAUGAGAACCUGUAACAUUGACACUUUUUUUAUGAUUACAGCUGUCGCCCAACAUUUUAAAAUUAAGUUAUUGAAAUAUUAGUUUAGAUGGUUUUAUGUUUUUUUAAACAAUGACGCUAGAGUAGACAUGGCUGGUUGUAUAAGAAGUGAAAAUAGUACAAUUAA